AUGAGAAGCCAAAAUCUUUCAUCUCCUUAUCUUAUCAUUCUUUUCUUGAUUCUCAUCUCUUCUGCAACUUCAAAGGUUCAGAAUUAUUUGAGGAGAGGCUCUUCUCUCUCAGUUGAGGAUGCCUCAGACCUUAUCACCUCCCCAGACAAUUCAUUCAGUUGUGGUUUCUACAGAGUGGGAAGUAGCAAUGCUUACUGGUUUGCAAUUUGGUUCACAAAUGCCAGAGACAGAACAGUUGUUUGGAUGGCGAAUCGAGACAAGCCUGUCAACAGCCAGGGUUCUCAGAUAUCUCUAGGGCAAAAUGGAGCCAUGGUCUUGACCGAUAUUGAUGGCUCAAUUGUAUGGGAGACUAAUACCACCUCCACUGAUGUUGCUAGAGCAGAGCUUCAUAAUACAGGUAACCUUGUUUUAAAGGAUCCACAUGGUAAAAUUCUCUGGCAAAACUUUGAUUUUCCAACUGAUACUCUUUUGCCUUCUCAGAGCUUUACAAAGAGCAAGAAGUUGAUAUCUGCAAUGAAAAAUGGAAGUUUUGCUUCUGGUUACUUUAGUUUACUUUAUGAUAAUGAUAAUGUAUUGAGGUUGAUCCAUGAUGGGCCUGAGAUAUCAUGCCAAUAUUGGCCUAAUCCUGAUUAUGAUGUGUACCGAAAUGGAAGAACAAACUAUAACAGUAGCAGAAUUGGUCUGUUAGAUGAUAUGGGUGGGUUUCAAUCCAGUGAUAGGCUUCAUUUCAAUGCUUCUGUCUUGGGUUUUGGUAUCAAAAGAUGGCUAACAAUUGAUAUUGAUGGGAAUCUUGGGUUUAUUUCUUUUUAUACGGAGGAAACCUCAAGCAAAACAGGACAAGGAGACCAACAUGAUGAACAGAUCGAAGAAGAAGACCAAGAAGCAGUUGGGCAAUGCCCAUUGGUCACAGGGGUGAGCCUCCUUUUGCCCGCAGGGUCAAAGGUCCUUCACCCUGACUGGGGAGACACUGUCAGUCCCACCCAGAGCUCGAACUUUGAUAUCACAACCCUCUCCCCCUCGUGCUGGUCCUUGGGGGAGGACGAUUCUUUGGAUCCUAGCCACCUGUCCACAUUUCAUCAGACUCCCAGGCUCAAAGAUGGGGAACAGGGUCUCUUCAAGAGUAGGGGGAGGCCCGAGGAUAGGAAGGGUAAGAGAGAUCUGAGGUCCCUCCUGAGGGAGGGGACCUAA